AUGUCCACCCUUUCCGUGUUCUCAGAUGUGACCUCAGCCCAGAAGCUGGAAGGCAGCUUGUUAAAGACCUACAAACAAGACAUUUACCCUAACAAGAUGUUCCUGGCCUAUAAAGUCUGCAUGACCAAUGAAGGACAACCCUGGGUUUCUUCCGUGGUGCACAAGAUCCGACAGCAGAUCGCACAGGAUCCCUCCCUGAACUACGAGUACUUGCCAGUGACGGGCAUGAAAUCAUUCAUCCAGGCCUCCCUGGAACUUCUCUUUGGAAAGCAUAGUCAAGUCAUCGUGGAGAACAGGGUAGGGGGUGUGCACACAGUUGGUGACAGUGGUGCCUUCCAACUUGGGGCUCAGUUCCUCAAAACCUGGUGUAUAGGUUCUCAAAUAGUUCACAUUAUUUCUUCUAAAAAAGAACAGCAUGGACUCGUCUUCCAGGACAAGGGCUUUAUAGUAUAUGAACACUCCUUCUGGGACUCUGAGCAGCUAUACAUGAACCCCAACAUACUCCUCGAUGUGGUGGAGCAGGCUCCACAUGGCUGUAUCUUUGUGAUUGGGAACAUUGGCAACUGCAAGUUGACACCAUCUCAGUGGACAGCGUUGAUGGCCACCAUGAAGAGAAAGCAGAUAUUCCCAUUUUUUGACAUUCCCUAUCAAGGUUUCUACACCGGUGACCUGGAAGAAGAUACUAGAUUCUUACAAUACUUCGUGUCUGAAGGCUUUGAGUUCUUCUGCAGCCAGUCUCUGUCCAAGAAUUUUGGCAUUUAUGAUGAAGGAGUGGGGAUCUUAGUGGUGGUGGCACUCAACAACAAGUUCCUGCUGUGUGUCCUCUCUCAGCUGAGGAACUUCGCUCUGGCUCUGUGGCUAAACCCUCCUAUAAUGGGUUCUCGCAUUAUCACCUCCAUCCUUUGUAACCCUUCUCUGCAGGAAGCAUGGAAGCAGAAUCUGAAAGCGGUUGUAGAGAGCACUAUGUUGAUCAAAGAAAAAGUUAAGGAGAAGCUCCGGCUCCUGGGAACCCCUGGCUGCUGGGAUCACAUCACUAACCAGAAUGGGACCCAUGGCUAUCUUGGCCUUGACUUCCAACAGGUGGAAUACCUGGUCAAGAAUAAACAUAUCUACAUUCCCAAAAAUGGUCGAAUUAACUUCACCUGUAUCAAUGCCUGCAACAUAGAUUACAUCACUGAGAGCAUCAACGAGGCUAUCCGCGUCACAAAGGACUCAGAAAAAUCUCUUGAGGAAGUAAAUGACUCCUAG